GUAAAGCUAAACCCUACAGCAGAGUCCUUGUGAGCAAAAGAAAACAUCUUCACACUUUAUAAUAUUUUUCCCUUUUCUGGUAAUAUUUUCUCAUUUCUUGUUCUUCACACUUCCAGAAGCAGAGACAAGUCCAGAAGAUAUAUAUCGACACAAAAAGGGAUCUCUGAGUAAAAAAAACAAAGAACAAAAAUGUGUUUGGAGUUUGUGUAUCACGAGGAGAAGACAGAGCUUGGUCGCCAACAAGCACCGGGUGUGUGUCCAUACUGCGGCGGAAAAGUGGCGGCGGUAGAUACUGAGACGAAGUGGUUGUUCUGUUUCUUACCACUCUGUUUCAAGGUCAAACGCAAGUACUCUUGUUCCUCCUGUGAUCGUCGUCUCGUCUUGUAUUAUUGAAAGAUACAUACAGAGCAGCAGAUGAAGGAAAGAAACGGAGGAGAGGAGUGCUGAGAGUCUGUUAUCUAAUUUAUUUGUUUGUUUGUUUUGCUCCUCUAGAUGAUGAGAUUUUUUGCAGAUUUCUCCCUGUAAUUUCUGAAUUGCUAAAAACACCCCUCAUGGUGGUGACAUUGGUUAAGUUCAUUGAGUUUUUUUUUUCAAUGUAAAUAAUUUCGUUUGUUGCGUGAGUGGAUUCAGUAUUGUUUAAAUAAAUAUUGUCAUUCAUAUCUGA